CAUUUUCCAGUAAAAUCUUUGAAAAUCUUUGAUUUUCGAGACCCAUUUGGAAUUGAAUUUGACUCUUGACGACGAUGAUGCCCGCAUCCACAUCAUCUCUUUUCAAUCCUCGUUGGUUCUCCUUCACUUGAGCAAUUUCACCUCUCUUUCUGUGUUCACUAGCUCACAAGCAUCCUCUACUUUUCGCCCUCAAUUUACUGCUUCUAGUGCCAAACCCGUUGCAGCCCAUUUAAGCAAUUGUCGGCGAUUUCUGGGUCAUUUCUGUUUUGAUUCUGAAUCUCGAGAUUCUCAGGUUUCGGCUGUGAAUUUGGUGUUAUUUUAUGCGAUUGAUUUUGGGAUGUUGAGUUGAGGCGUUUUACUUUACUGUAAUUGGAUGGAAGCAAAUGGGUUCACUGGAAAAUGGAUUUCCAUUGAAGAGAGACCCUUUUCUUCGUUCUUCAUCAACUAACAAGGGGGAAAGAUACUCCUAUUUGCAGAGACCUAGAUCGAGAUUUUCCCGGUUUUUGCUUUUCCAAAAGUUUGAUUACUUGCAAUGGAUUUGUACUGUGGUUGUGUUCCUUUUCUUUGUGGUUCUUUUUCAAAUGUUCUUGCCUGGAUCAGUCGUGGAGAAGUCUGAGAUUUCUUUUAAAGAUGCGAAGAGAAGUUUAGGGGAUUUGAAGUUCUUAGAGGAGCUGGGCAUGUUGGAAUUUGGGGAGGAUAUUCGAUUUGAACCAUCAAAGCUUCUGGAGAAAUUUCAAAGGGAAUCAAGAGAAACAGGGUUUCAAUCUUUGAAUAGGACUAGAAAUCGUUAUGGAUAUAGGAAACCUCAUCUUGCACUGGUAUUUUCAGAUCUGUUGGUUGAUUCUUAUCAAGUGCUGAUGGUAACCAUUGCAUCUGCUCUGCAAGAGAUAGGAUAUGUAUUUCAGGUUUAUUCUCUUCAGGGUGGGCCAGUGAGUGAUAUUUGGAGGCAGAUGGGAGUCCCAGUUACUCUAAUUCAAACUUGUGAUGAGACUGAGGUCAUGGUUGAUUGGCUAAACUAUGAUGGCAUACUUAUGCACUCUCUUGAAGUGAAAGAUAUCUAUUCCUGUUUUCUGCAGGAACCUUUCAAGUCUUUACCGAUUAUCUGGACUAUCCGUGAAGAAACCCUUGCCUUACGCUCUCAAAACUAUGGUUCAAGUGGGUUAUUUGAUCUUUUAAAUGAUUGGAAGAGAGUAUUCAACCAUUCAACUGUUGUUGUCUUUCCCAAUUAUGUCAUGCCGAUGGUCUACUCUACAUUUGAUAGUGGGAAUUUCUUUGUGAUUCCGAGUUAUCCUCCCGACACAUUGGAAGCAGAGAUUGAUAUCACCUCUCUGCGUGCGAGGAUGGGCUAUGCAAAUGAUGACUUGGUUAUUGCCAUUGUUGGAAGCCAAUUUUUGUACAGGGGUAUGUGGAUGGAACAUGCAAUGAUUUUGCAGGCCAUAUUACCACUACUUCACGAGUUUUCUUUGGAUGAACAUUCGAAUUCUAAUCUCAAGAUCUUUGUUCUAAGUGGGGAUUCGAACGGCAACUACACAAUGGCUGUUGAGGCCAUUGCUCAGAGACUGGAAUAUCCAAGGAGUAUUGUGGAGCAUGUUCCCGUCGAUUCAGGAUCAGACAAUGCUCUAAGCAUGGCUGAUUUUGUUAUAUAUAGUUCCUUUUUGGAAGAACAAUCUUUCCCACAGGUUUUGGUGAAGGCCAUGGGCAUGGGUAAACCUAUCAUUGCUCCAGAUCUUGCCAUCAUUAGGAAAUACGUUGAUGACAGGGUAAAUGGCUAUUUGUUCCCCAAGGGAAAUUUCUAUGUACUUUCCCAAAUUAUUAUGCAAAUGGUCUCGAAAGGGAGAUUAUCGCCACUGGCUCGCAGUAUUGCUUCGAUUGGAAGAGGCACUGUGAAAAAUCUGAUGGUUUCAGAAACUGUGGAGGGAUAUGCCUCACUACUUGAUGCUGUUCUUAAGCUUCCAUCAGAAGCUGCACCAGCUAAGGAAGUUGCUGAAAUCCCUUUCCAACUGAAAGCAAAAUGGCAGUGGAAGUUAUUUGAAGGGGUAUCAAAUUUGACCAUCCUGAACAGAAACGAAAGAAGCUUCACGAUUUUAGAUGAAUUUGAGAAGCACUGGAACCAUUCUAAAAAACCGAAGCCUUCUAGUCUUAUUGCUUUUAGUGAGUCGUUUGUAUACGAUAUAUGGGAGGAGGAAAAACAUACGGCGACGUCUAAUAUCAAAAGAAGAAGAGAGGAAGAAGAGAUCAAAGAUAGAACGGAACAACCUCAUACCACAUGGGAGGACGUGUAUCGAAGCGCUAAGAGAGCUGAUCGGUCUAAGAAUGAUUUGCAUGAGAGGGAUGAAGGGGAGCUUGAAAGGACAGGACAGCCAUUAUGCAUUUAUGAACCUUAUUUUGGGGAAGGAGUUUGGCCUUUCCUGCACCGAUAUUCUCUUUACCGUGGAAUUGGGCUGUCUAGUAAAGGCAGGCGACCUGGGGUAGAUGAUAUCGAUGCACCUUCACGGCUUCCACUUCUCAAUAACCCAUACUACAGAAAUGUACUCGGCGAAUAUGGAGCCUUCUUUGCAAUUGCUAACCGGGUUGACCGCAUACACAAGAAUGCUUGGAUUGGUUUUCAAUCUUGGAGAGCAACCGCCAGGAAUGUAUCACUGUCAAAAAUUGCCGAAAGUGCAUUAUUAGAUGCAAUUCAAACCCGAAGGCAUGGAGAUGCACUUUACUUUUGGGCACGCAUGGACUCGGAUCCAAGAAACCCGCACCAGCUUGAUUUUUGGUCAUUUUGUGAUUCUAUAAAUGCUGGAAAUUGCAAGUUUGCUUUCUCCGAGUCAUUGAAGACGAUGUUUGGUAUAAAAGGUCAGGAAUUCUUACCGCCCAUGCCUGCGGAUGGUUCUACAUGGUCCGCCAUGCAGAGCUGGGCUCUGCCAACCAGAUCUUUUCUAGAAUUUGUCAUGUUUUCGAGAAUGUUUGUUGAUGCCCUGGAUGCGCAAUUUUACGACGAACACCAUUCAAGUGGACGAUGUUACUUGAGUUUGUCCAAAGACAAGCAGUGCUACUCCAGGCUGCUAGAACUCCUCGUAAACGUUUGGGCGUACCACAGUGCAAGGCGUAUAGUGUACGUCAACCCUGAGACUGGUGCAAUGCAAGAACAACACAAGUUCGAUAUACGAAGAGGCCAAAUGUGGAUCAAAUGGUUUUCAUACGACACGCUAAAGAACAUGGAUGAAGACUUGGGAGAGGAAGCAGAUGCCGACCACCCCACAAGACGGUGGUUAUGGCCAUCGACAGGUGAGGUUUUCUGGCAAGGUGUGUACGAGAGAGAGAAGAAUUUACGAGAUCGGCAGAAAGAGAACAGAAAGAAAAAGAGCAAAGCUAAACUAGACAGAAUGAGACACAGAAGACACCAAAAGGUGAUAGGGAAGUAUGUAAAGCCUCCACCAGAGAUGGAAAAUUCAACCACAACGAUUAGUACAGAAACUAUUUUGAAAACUAGUUAACUUAAGUAGAGCCUACUCUUAAAUUCAUUUCAUUUUUAACAUCUUCAUGUAUUUUUUUUUCUCUAAUUUUUUCUGGAAGGAUGUCUUCAUGUUCUUUUUUCUUUUAUUUCAUCCUUUGUUCAAAUGGUCUUGUUAUUAUGUAGAACAUCCUUCUUGAUUGGUGCUAUUGUAUGUUCACCCACAUGUAUUAUAU